UCUGCACUCUUCCUAUUACAUGUUGUGGAAGCGGUAAAGUAUUCGAAUUGACAUUUAAUAUAGUACAGAGAGAAUACUGAGGUGCUUUUGGGGUGGACACUUCAUCAGGAAACUGAGAUGCGGGAGCUUUUGGGGCUGAUUGAAAAAGAGCGAGCGAGGCCGAGGGGGUUGGACUGUCACAGCGUACAAAUCCAGGAGAGUCUUUGAACCAAGACUACAGUGUGCCAUGCUGUGUGUAUGUGUUUGUUGACAUGAAUGUUUUCUGUCACUGGACACCACCUACUACUAGACCACUGUUACUGUGACCAUGGAGGUAGAAAUGAGUGUCACUGUGUCAGCUGAUCAGUGUCACGACAAAGCCCAUGGACAUGAUGGGGUGACCUGAAACCUAGGACUCUAGGGUAGGAGUAGAAGUUGACGCACAAGCCCACAAGCUCAGCCUCCCCCCUCAGAGCUGCGCUAUAGUGCUACAGAGCUCCAGCUUGCAGCAGUGUAAUACAAGACAUCAUGGAGGAGACAUUGCCACCAGUGGUUGCCCGGGAAAGGUAUUUCUUAGCCGCCCGAACUGGAGACGUCAAGGGCAUCAAGGACAGUCUAGAGAACAGUGCCAAGCAUAGCAUGGAUAUAGACAGCGUCGAUGCCAAUGGGCGCUCUGCACUCCACAUAGCGAUAGCAAAUGGAAACCUGGCUGUUAUAUACCCGCUUCUUGAACACAACGUCCAAAUAAAGGACGCCCUCUUGAGAGCUGUGGAGCACGACUUCGGGGAAGCUGUCAGGAUUCUGUGCGAUGUUGCUAACAAGUCAAGGGAUUAUGCAGAGGGUCAACAGAUUAUUGACUGCCGUUGUUCCAAUGAUGACUUCCAUCCUUACAUCAAUCCAAUCAUUCUCGCUGCUCAAAGAAAUAAUUUCCAGAUGGUGAAGCUUCUCCUAGAAGCUGGUGCACGCAUCCCAUUAGCCCGCGACGCGGCCGUUAACACCGCCUCUACAGACAGUUUCCAGCGAUCCGUCGGCACCAUGGAGAUAUACAAAGGUCUCGCGAGCGAGGCAUACGUAGCCAGAGCGAGCAACGACCCAGUGGAUCGGGCGUAUACGCUCUGUGAUGAGAUCAGACGACUUGGUGAGAUCGAGAUUGAGUUCAAAGUGUUGUAUAAUGAACUAGAGGUGAAUAUGGAACGAUUCUCUACGGAGUUUAUCUCGCAGGCAAGAAGUACGGAAGAGAUUAUGACGGUCCUGUCCCACCCUGAUGAAGACAACCCAAUGAGUAGUGAAGAGACUUCACAUUCACCUCUACCUAAGAUAUCACGCGCCCUCGAUCUGGGAUUGCAAAAGUUCAUCGCUCAUCCAAACUGUCAGCAAGUCAUCAUAAGCCAGUUCUACAAACGACUUCUCUUCGUCAGAGACAAGUCUGCCGUCUACCGAACUUUUCUCUUUGCUCUACUCUUUCUUCUCUACCCCUUCCUCGCUGUACUCCAUGUUUAUUCCGACAGACAGAAAAUAAAAACCUUCGUCAGAAUUCCCAUUGUGAUGUUCAUCAUGUAUCUAGCGGCUGAUCUGACCUUCGUGACCUUACUAACCUGGGAAGCGGUUAACGAUAGCGGAACGGCUCACAACCUCAGCUUCACUCGGCCCUACAACGUGGCUGCACUGCUCUGGAUUCUAGGUAUGAUGUGGAGGGAGAUUGAGUGCAUCGCAGCUAGAGGGUUCACAACGGUCAUGACCCAGUGGGAACAUCUCAGGGAUACCGUCAUCAUCCUCAUGUUUCUGGUUGGCGUAGUCUUUGAAAUCAUCGCUUACAUGACAAUCCCGUUUGCAGCAGAUGCCUUGAUGACGACCACCAAGGGCACUGUUCGUUCCAGGAGAUCCGCAGAGCUACAGCCAUCCAUCGUCGAGAGGAAUUUCACAGAUGUCAAAUACGCUGAAAUUGGCGACUACGUUAUCGGUGAGAUCGACAAAACAGAGAUGCAAAUCAACCAGACGACAAAGGGACAGAUCAAGGAGCAUGUGCGGAGGUAUAUGAACUAUACGGCACGACGCCGAGCUGGAGGGCGCGGGGGAACGUCAUACAACACUAUCGAUAAGACCCUAUUAUCCGCUGACUUUGACAACAAAACUGAAGACUUCCUCAACCGGACCUGGGAUCACCCGCAGAUCAUGGGGCGAGCUAUGUUUGCCCUGGCGACUGCGUUUACGGUUCUGCGCAUGUUACCGUAUUGCGUGAUCAGCGAUCUGAUUGGUCCACUGCAGAUCUCCCUCGUUAGUAUGAUAAUCAGGACGUUCCAUUUCUUUUUUGUCGUUGGGACCGUGCUGGGAUCGUUUGCUGUUGGAUUGACGUUGACGUACUCGCACUACGUGGAUGAAAGCAGAAUCGGCAGCUUUUCAAGUAUUUUCCAUUCUUUGAUUACCCUGUACUGGUCAGUGUUUGGUAUGAUGCCGAUGACUGAGUUACAUCUACCCCCGGAAGCUGUAGUCGCAGAAACGUCCGGCUCUCUGCUCUACGCUUCGUUCUACGUCCUGGUCAUUAUUGUACUCCUCAAUGCUCUGAUUGCUGUAUGGAGCAACGUUUACAACGAAAUUGAGGAGAAUGCUGACCAGCAGUGGAAGUUCUCCUGCACCGCAAUGUGGAUGACGUUCCUCCAGGAUGACCUACGGGUACCUCCACCUUUCAACCUCCUACCCACGCCCAGUGCCUUCCGGCGAAUCUUUGAUCUGUUCUCGAAGCGGGGUCGCUGGGCUGAGGUUGCUGUUGAGGAGAUGAAGCCGAUUUACGAUGAUAAGUGGCUACGGACGGAAGGAGUACGACUAUUUAUUGACGGAAGCAAGAGAUUUAACAGAACACUUGAGGAGCAGACAAAUUAUGGCCGAGUCAUCGCUCGCCUUCUUGAGCGGUAUGUUGCAGAGAAGACUGCUGAUGAGUGUAGCACCACGGCCGAGGUUUCCAAAGCCGACCUCCGUAACUUGAAGAACGAUCUCAUUGCACUCAGAUAUGAAACCUUUCUGAAGCUGUGCCAAGUCCACGACCAACUGGUGAGCACGUCCAACGACUGCAUCGUCAUCAACAAGCAAUCGGACAUCGUACCGGGCAUCUCAGAUAGAGCUGACAUCAUCAGCUCAGAUCUCUUUCACAACUUGGCGAACACACUGGACUUCCAGUCCUCCCUGGCGCAGACAGUUGCCAAGCUCCCUCCUCCCCAGUCGGCUCCACCUUCACCCCCUCCCGACGCUCCAGCGCCACCUGACCUUCCGGCGCCACCUGACCUUCCGGCACCACCCGACCUUCUGGUGCCACCAGUGGACGAGCAGACUCAAGAACCAAAAGCAUCAACGAUGGCAGUUGCCUCUGCGACAAGCUCUCCUGGUCCAAGUCGGCCAGUUUCUCCUGCACCUCCAGUAUUUGAAAAAGGGGUGAGGAAGAUCGUCGUUAAGCUCGUUAAACAGUUUGAAACUGGGCAGAUCAGUACGAGAAAUACAGUGACCCGAAGAACAUCAUUACCGGUGCACUCCUUAGAAAUGUUUUACUGAGGACAAUUCUUGUUGCUCUGGUCUUUGCCUUCGUGUUUCUGCAACCUCCAGUGUUUUAAAAAGGAGAGAGGAAGAUCAGUGUUAAGCAGUGUUAAGAAGAAAUAUGUAUUGUCAUCUCGUUACUGAAUAACAACUUCUUGAUUUGUGCAAUUCAAAAUUAUAGAUGUUAAAAUGUAUGAGAGAGAUUGGCUAUCGCCAUCUCGGAUCAAGUUCGAGUGCGCACAUUUUAGUCGACUUCUGACCAGCAACAUACAUGCGUAGCGACGCACUCUCUCGAACGACUCGUUUGGAAGCCUAGUCAACUAUCAGUACCAUGGUAUUCAACACUAAAUUGCCUUGUGCGGUGAUCGCUAUAGUGUCGCUGGUUGCCCUCUGCGCUUCGCACAUGUGAGAAUGAAGCAGGCUAUUGGGACCAGUGAAUAAACCAGGGCCCUGAGGCUGGUUCAAAAUGGUCGACCAAUAGUCGACCAAUGGUCGACCACAAUAGUCGACCAAUGGUCGACCACAAUAGUCCACCAAUGGUCGACCACAAUAG